ACAGAGAGAAAGCCUUCCCCUAGAAUUGGUGCCCUGAAUUCGGACUUCUAGCCUCCUUAGCUGUGAGAAGAUAAAUUUCCGUUCGUUAAAGCCACCCAUGUAUGGUAUUUCUAUUACAGCCACGCUGGAUAACUAAAACAGUACUUUACCCGUUUACCAAUUUUUUUUCAUUAGCUUGUUUAAUCCCUAUAGCAAUAGUGUAAGGCAGAUAGGAUAGGUACGUCAUUUUCCUAUAUUAUUUUUAUACAGUUGUGAUUACAGUGAAUGUAUAAUUUUAUAUCUUGAUUUUUGAUUUAACAAAGCAUUUUUUCAUGAUGCAAUAUUGUCAUUAUUAUUCUACAUGAUAUUUCAGUGACAUACCAGAACUUAAGUAACUACUCUCUUAUUAAGCAUUUAAGUAUCGAAUAUGUUUUGCUGUUAUAAAUAAUGCUAUAUAUAUUUUAACCAUGUUUUGCGUUAUUUUCCUAGGAUAGAUUAAAUAAAUAGACUUCAAAUAUGUUGUUAAACAUGUUUCAACAACAUUAGGGAGGAUUUCAAAAGACCACAAAUUGCUCAUAGAAAACACCACCAUAGCACAAUAACUAUUUUCACAUUUCUCCAUGUUGAGGAGAGUUUGGAUUGGCCAAGGGAUUUAGGAGGAGGGAGGUGUGUAGUGUGUGUGUAUGUGUGUGUGGUGGUGGGGUAGUUGAAGAAAGCAUUAGCAAAGGGACAGAAGAGAGAGUGUGUGUAUAUGUGUGAAUAUGAGGAAGCCCAUCUUAUUAAACCAGAAGUUCUGUCUUGAAGAGACCAACAACCAGAUGCUUCAGUGAGGUGGCUUUUGCACUGUGGCAGCAUCUGUGCCGCACUAGGUUGUUGGAGAGCUUUGGGGGCAUCCAAUUGUGGGGUGCCCUGACAGCCAACCAGAGAUGAUAGAUUUCCUGGCUCAGCAGCAACGGACACAGAGAUUUUUAAGCAGAGGACUGCAUGCAGCGUGUCAGGUGGUCCCUGUGUCCAGGAGGAUUUGUCCAGUCUUUUCUCCCGCACAGAUGCAGAUGUCCUCUGCUCACGGCUCUUUCCUUUGGCCCAUCGUUGGGCCAGUGGGAGCAGAGCACCACACCCGAGGAAAGGGGACAUUUGUUCAGUUCCAUCCUAAGCUCUCUUGGGUUCUUUGGAAAAGGACCAAGUCCCAAGUCUUUGAGGGAGCCUAUCCCUCAUCCAGUAAUUACUAAGUGCUGCUCCAUCCCCAGGGUUGGGAUAAUAUCCAUUCAUUUCACCACAUCAUCCAAAAGUAUAAUAGAAGGCCUAGCCAGUCUAUAUCCAAAUUGGAUCCAGCUGUCCCUAAAUUAUUAGCUGUGCCAAUAGUUUAUUGAAGAAGUACAGCUGCUCACCCUUAGAAGAAGAUGUUUUGUGGUAAAUUUUAACAUUUGGUUAUAGUGGAACCAAGUCAGUAGGUUAAUGGUAAAAAUUAAUGGAAAAUAGCUGUCACCAAAUUCCACCUCACUGCCUUAAACUAGAGGGCUCGACAACUCACUCAGGAAUUUCCUGCAAUACAUUGAGCAUUAGUAAAGUACAAAAUGUACAUCUAGGUCCCUGUAUGAGGUGACUUUCGAGUUCAGACAUAGGGUAACUUUUGAAAAACUAAGACAUUUCAAAGACUUAGACUGUGGAAGAGCUGUAGUUUUAUAAAUCAUGGUAUUUCUUUUCCUUCCUCCCUGACCCAUUUGAGCUUAUUGAACCCCUGGAUCCUUCUGUUUUGGGUAACAUAGUGAAAUCAGAUUUGCUCUGGAGCCUGCUGGUGCUGCUGCUGUACCCAGGGAGGUGGAAUCACUAGGCAGUACACUCUGGGAGCCAGUGAAUUUACCUCUUCCUCUGCAGUGUUCUGGUACUUAGCACAGUACCUGGCCCAGCACAGUGGGUUAAAACUGACCCAGUGAAGUCACAGUUUUGUGAGGUGGUCUCUGUGCAGUACUUAACUCAUCUUAUUCUCUUUCUGUGUGUCAAGACCAGCAGAUGGUCCCUUAUCUCUUUUUUCCUGUGAACUAGACUGUUUUAGAUAUUUUCUUCUUCCUGGAGGUCAUAAAAUAGGAGUUAUCUUUGGAUAUAACCAUAAUAAUAGUUGCAGUGGAGGAAACCUGCAUUAAGCUUCAUAAAUGUUAUCUCAGAAUGGAAAGAAGCCAACCCGAGAGGUCACGUAGUCUGAUGCCCUCUGUUUAUUAACAACCUGUUAACAAGCAGAUACUUUCUUUUUCCGGCUUUGCUAAAAAGGAGACUCACACAGGACCCUCGUGGUUGGUGGGACCACCUUGCUGCGGCUUCACUGCGAACAUAAAACCAUCUAGUCCUUCUUUCACACAACUCCUCACACACUUGAAGAUUGUUGUCGUGUCUCCCCAGAUGCGUUAGAGCCAUGUGACGCUGCUGUAGAGGGCUCAUCCUUGGAGGCCAGCAGCUCCUGGAAGAAGCCUGUGUCCUUAGCAGGGUCCCAGCUGGUCUUCAGCUUCCACUGACACACCUGGGAAGCAAGUUGGUAGCCUCCCCACCUCGUACCCCCUACGCCAGCAGCCCACCUGUACCAUGGAGGCCCCAGAAGUCCCUGUGGGGUCACUGAUCGAUUUUGGGACCGAACCACCAGCCUCUCCUCCCCUGGAGGCCCUGCCUCCACAGCUGCAGGAUGGGGACAGCUCACUGGGCGAUGGCGGGUCAGAGAGUGAGACCACCGAGUCUGCAGACAGCGAGAAUGACAUGGGCGAGUCACCCUCCCACCCGUCCUGGGACCAGUACCACCGCUCCUCCUCCAACGACUCCUUCUCCUCCAGUCAGAGUGCUGCAUCAGCCAGGGAUGAGGAGGGCCUGGAGCUCAGAGAGUUCAUGUGCAGCUAUGUGGAGAAGGUCUUCUCUGGAGGGGAGGAUUUGGACCAGGAGGAGAAAGCCAAGUUUGGGGAGUACUGCAGCAGCGAGAAUGCAAAAGGCCGGGAGUGGUUUGCCCGAUAUGUGAGCGCCCAGCGCUGCAACUCCAAGUGUGUCUCAGAGCCAACCUUCUACCGCCUGGUGCAGUCGUUUGCGGUGGUGCUGUUUGAGUGUUACCAGAUGGAUGACUUUGGGCCUGCCAAGAACCUCAUGACCAUGUGCUUCACCUACUAUCACAUCGGUAAGCCACACCUACUCCCUUCAGAAUCCAAGGAGAAGCCUGUGGGGAGCAUUGACUCCUACCUGAAAUCUGCCAACAGCUGGCUAGCAGAGAAGAAGGACAUUGCUGAGCGGCUCCUGAAGAAUACCUCAGUGAAGACCGAGAACAUGAAGGGCUUCUUUGGGGGGCUAGAAACCAAGCUGAAGGGGCCCCUAGUGAAGAGAAAUGAGGAAGAUGACAACAAACCCAAGGAGAAGCAGCAGAAGACAGUGACUGUGUAUAGCCCAGAGGAGGAAAAGAAGGGGGAGAAGAUCUACCUAUACACGCACCUGAAGCAGCAGCCCAUCUGGCAUACCCUGAGGUUCUGGAAUGCCGCCUUUUUCGAUGCUGUCCACUGUGAGAGGAGAAAGCGGUCUCCCACCACCAGGGAGAAGUGGUGCCACAUGACCCAGGAGGAGCGUGAUGACAGCCUGCGGUUCAAUGAGAAUAUCGCCUUUGGACAGCUGGGCACAUUCAUACACAACAUGCUGGCUUUCGGACUGAACAAGAAGCUGUGCAAUGACUUUCUGAAGAAGCAGGCCGUGAUCGGGAACCUGGACGAAGAGCAGUACAAGCUGCUCAGUGACCACAUUGAGCAGAUGGCCAUUGAGUAGCCCACAGGAGGCUGCCCCACGGCACCCGCCACGGAGGACUGAGGGUGCACACCACUCUUCUAGGCCCAGUGACUGGCUGUCACCCUCGAUAACCCUGCAUGACAUCAGCAGUGCCCAGAGCCGCCCUGCUGCCCUAGAACUAACCGUUAGAAGAACCUGGUGACCGUCCUCACCUCUCUGCCUGUAUCUGCUCCCCAUCCACUUGCCAAAGUGCCCCUUGGACUGUAUGGCUAAAGCUGAGGUGACUUGUGAGAUGAGGGGAAGGAGGGGGAAGGCAUGCUACCCCACCCCGCCACUGACCCCGCUGGAGAGACUGUGCGGAAGAGAGGCUGGUGGGCUCAGGAUGUAGGUGAGGGCGGAUGCCAGAGGAGGGCAAGAGCUGCCCAGCAUGCAGCAGUCACACAGAGGCAGGCGCUGUCAGUAUGGCUGAAGACCUAGGACCUAACCUUGGGGUGUAGGCCACCUAAUCCACACAGACCCCUGGGGGAGCUGGGGAGAGGAUAUUGACCCUUUCAGUGUUGCUCCGUGGCAGGUACUUGCUUUCUCCUCAUAGGACAGGAACUGGAGUCACAGGAAGCUCAAGGAGAGAAAAUCCUUCUAUUUUAGAGAGAGACCGUGAAAGGAUGCAGCAGCAGGACCCGGCCCCAACUAAAGGACCGUUUGAGCGAGAGCCCGGCUGGGGACAUCACAGGAUUCAUGCGGCGUCAGCCAUGUGAGAAGUGCUUCGUCAGCCGGCGGCUUCUUUUUGAAGCCAAGAAAGUUCCGCAGCUCCCCAGGAGAAGCAGGGUUUUUUGUCCUGUGCAAGAGACACAGGAAAGAGAAGUUCCUUUAGAAGCUGCAAGACAGUGCCCUUUCUAAAUCCAGACAGAGCUGCUUUUUAUUUCAAAAGGGACAGAGAAGUCCACGCUCAGGGUCCCUCUGACAGAGGCAGGGCAGCAGGGAGAGGCACUGUGGGGAGCGAUUGCCCACGGCUCGUCAUCGAGUACGUCCUUCAUCUGAAGCCUGAGCACUGGACACCUCCACCCGCAGCCCCUGGAAGGCACAGCCGCACGGUGACCGCUCUCCUUCGCACUCUGCUGAUAGUCCCUUCACCUAUCUCAGUGUCUGGGGCUUGUCCCAGCCACACCAGUCAGAGGGGCUGGCAUCCAGGCCGCCAGCACCAGGCCCACCGGCUCCCGAGCCUGCCCCUGCCCCGUGUAAAUACUCCCUCUGCCUGCUGCCCUGCACAAUUCUGACCUUGGAUAGGCCGUGAGGCGCUCUCCUCCCCUACCUCCCCCUUCCUCCCUCCCACCUCCUCUAAUCUCAAUCAAAUUAAAUCAAUGUUUCAUCUGUGAGCAGGACAAAUGGAUGCUGACAUUCCCUUACCCAGCUGGUGCUCAGCAGGGAGGAACAGGAAGUGGUAGCCCUCUGGAGCGCAUGUUUUGGGUGUUGGGUGACAUGAAGUAUGGCUGAUCUGAGCACACACAUGUAGAGGGCUGCCCGCCCAGAGAACAGGGUUGGAGCUUUGAGGGGGGCUCAUUUUUACUGAUGGUGCCACAUGUGUGCGUGUAUAUAUUUCAGCCUACGUACAAUGCCACUAAGCAGUGGUGGCGGUGUGCUUCUUGUAGGUGAGGCAGAUCUUAGAGGAUGGAGCUCCCAUUAUUAGGUCCCCCAAAUCGUGAUGUCUCCACUAAAAAGGUUUUAGAGAAACAAUAGUGAAUUAAGGGUGUGCAGGCCCCUCCUCUCUGAUGCCUCCUUGGGGAUAACGCAUAUAACCAUCCCCAGAUGCCCCAUGCUAACUUCCCUCCUCUCUAAACUUAAGGGCUGGCCGAGUGCUCUGUCACAGCCUGCAGAGCUGAUGAUAGGCCCUCCACUUUGCUGUCCUGUGGUCAGACUAGUUAGGUAUAGUAGUUACUAAAAUGCAUUAAGACUUUAAGGUGCCCAAAAGACUUAUCCUUGUAUAUAUAAGAUUUUUGUGUAUGAGUUUUGAUUUGGUCUGAUUUUUGGAGAGAAAAAUAGAUUCCAAGACCCUCUCCAGGGGUGCUAGAAAGCCCCUGGAUCCUGCUCCUCCAGGAUGAGUUGGAGCCGGGACUGGCACAGCGUUUCAAAGGAAGUACAGCUUUGACUUCUUUUGGUUUUUCCAAGCAUUUUAAGGCAAUUUCUGACCUUCAAAUGGGAUCUUGAUAGUCUUUUUUUUUUCAUCUAGACUUCUUGAAACAAGUGGAAGAAAAGUUUUGUUUUGCUCCCACCCCCCACCACCUUGUUUUCAUAGAUCCAGCUCCUGAAGGUUGAAGUGAAUCUGACCCCUAGAAGUGUUACCUAUUUUGCUAAGCCCCAGGUGGGAAAGCUACCACAGAAAACCUGGCCCCCGCAAUGGAGACAGUGAGGCAGGAGGUGACACUGAGUCAGGAGGUGACACUGUCUGCUGUUUCCUCUCUUGGCAGCGGCUCUGGCUGAGCAGCUUGCUCUGGAAGUGCCUCUGGCCACUGUCACCAGGAAGGGCAUGACGUCCUUAGAAGAAGGUUGACAGCUUGCCUCUCUCCUCCCUGCCACCUUGUCUCUUCACCCCGGGCCCCACCAGAGCAGAAAUGAGGGAGCCCUCUGUGGAAUCACUCAGUUUUGCAGUCUAGGUGGCAGAGAUUUCGUAUCUGUGUGUAUACGCAAGUACACAGUGUUGUAGGUUAAAACAUAGCAUUUCCUGUAAAUGCAGGAACUUCAGACCCAGUGCAGGAAACAUCAGAUGAUAUCCAAGAAGAAACCUUUCCAGUCCUAGCGAGUAGUGUCCAAAGCCAGGGGCUUAGAAGGCCUGUCCUUAGCAGUGGUGGUUCAGAUUUUCUACUGUCUGACCUUCAGGGCUAUGGGAAUCCCAGUGAGCCAGAUCCAGAGAAUUCUCUCAAAUUAAAAGUUUCCUGCUUUAGAAACAGUGCAAUGUUGAGACAUGGCUUUGUAUGUUUUUAGUCUUUGUUAUAGUUUUAGCAAUCUUGAUAGAUGUUUAAGAGGGGCUGUGUUACUCUCCAGAUGGCAUCUGGUGUGUGUGUGUGUGUGUGUGUGGUUAUUUGUACAAUAAAAUGGAGUAGACUAUGAUUUUCCUAUUGCCAAAAAAAAAAAAAAAAGUGG